AUGGUCAUAUUGUUCGAAGUAUUGUUGACUUCAGACAAAAGUAAUCCAGAAGAGAACAAUACAUUUGAGGCGUCAUUCGACAACACGCAGAAAAUUUUCAUCGAAGUUACAGACGCCCUUAACCACGUCAUUCUCAUCAAAACGUGUCCCUUAUCCGAAAGAGAUUACGAGUUAUUUGGAUCAGUUCGUCGUUGGACAAGAAUCCAACCAUUCCCUAUACAUGUGACCAAGAAAGAAAUUCCUGGUCUUUCGUUAGUCGAUGAGAGCGUCAUUUUGAGGAAAAUUUUGCAGAAAAGUAAUGGAAUAAGUAAACCUCACGGUACGAUUAGUUUCAAUAAGAAGUCAAUUCGAGCUUUAAUGGAGAUGGAUAAGGAUAAUGAUUUGGGUAAAUCAAAUAUACUUCUGAUGGGACCAUCUGGUGUUGGAAAAACUUACUUAACACAAAUACUGGCCGAAAUAUUAGAUGUACCAAUAGCAAUGUGCGACUGCACAUUACUAACACAAUCUGGCUAUGUUGGGGAUGACGUUGAUACGGUCAUCCAGAAACUUCUUGCUAAUGCAGAUGGUGACAUUGAUGCGACACAGAGAGGUAUCGUUUUCCUGGAUGAAUUCGAUAAAAUCAGCAGUUCGUUGGAUUUGGAAUCACGCUCAUUCCGAGAUGUUGGAGGUCGAGGUGUGCAGCAAGCAUUUCUGAAACUAGUGGAAGGUACCGCAGUGAAGGUGAAACAACCCGGGUCUAAUGGAACACGGGUGGAUGUGGAUACAACGAAUAUAUUAUUCAUUGCUUCUGGAGCAUUUAACAAUUUGGAUCGAAUUAUUAGUCAGCGCCUUUACAAGAAACUUGUUGGAUUUGGUACUGGAAAGGAUAAGGAAAAGUAUGAAAAGGAUGAGAUCAAAAUAAGCAAGCAUCGGGACGAUUUGCUUAGACAAGUAGAGCAUGUUGAUCUCAUAAAAUUUGGUAUGCUACCCGAAUUAGUAGGACGUUUCCCUGUGCUCGUCCCAUUUACUAGUCUGACAGAAGAAUUACUCGUGCGAAUAAUGAAAGAGCCAAAAAGUUCGAUUGUCUCACAGGCCGAAAAACAGUUCUUGCUUGACAACAUACAACUGUGUUUCACCGACUGUGCCUUGAAGGAAAUCGCCCGUACUGCAGCACAAAAAGGAACCGGAGCACGAGCACUUAGAUCAAUAACCGAAAAAGUAUUGUUAGAUGCAAAGUAUGACUUGCCUGGUACAGACAUACAUAAAUUGGUUAUUGAUGCGGACGUUGUCAAAGGCAACUGCCGUUAUUAUACGAUGGAAAGUGCGGACAUCAUGAAUUCUAAAGUCCCCAAACAAUCACUUAUACGAAUAAGUCCAAAUGACGACAAACAAAAUGAUUUCGUGAAGUAG